AAGGAUUUUUCAAUAAAAUAUUUUUUCCCCUCUAAACCCAAAACCCCUCAUUUGCAUCUCUUGUAUGCGCCACGCUUCGAUUCCGGCCUCGUCCUUUGCCGCUUCAGUCCUUGCGAUCGCCGGCGAGCUCAUAGUCGGAUUUACCUAAUUCGAAUCGCUACACUUUGUUUUUCCUUUAAUUGUUUUACCUUUCUAUGGCUAAAGCAACAUCCAAACCAAACUAAUAUAUCACUUGCAGCUGAAAAGCAAGCGAACAAUCUGAGAAAAUUAAUCAAUUACAUGACUGCACCCUAGACAGUAUCAAUGGCUUACAGGCGCAGCCUUUGCACAAGAGCAAAUCUUAUAGCUCGACAAUGUCAUCCUUCGAUUAGUGUUUUUGGUCAAACCAAUGACCGAAAAAAGCAACAUUUGGAUGAAGAUUCACUUUCCCAUGACAAAAUCAAUAGUUUCCUGCAGAGGAGAUCAUUUGGAACCAGCUUUUACAAGUCGUCCAGGUCUAAUUAUUUUGCUCAUGAUAGAAAAUAUCCAAACACUUUCCUCUCGCCAAGCGCUGGUUCCUUUUUCUGUCGCUACAUGUCAAGUACUAUUGGCGAAGGGUCUGAAAACAUUGAAUUCAUGAGUAAUGUUUCAGAAGUUCUCACAGAUGCAACAGUUCAAUCAGCAGCAUCUCAGGCUGCUGCUGCUAAUGAAGUAGCCCUUGCUGCUGCUGAUUCUUUUCUUCCUGUCAAGGGUGUGCAGUACUUUAUAGAUGCUAUUCAUUCUUUUACUGGAUUAAAUUGGUGGGUUUGCAUUGUAUUAACAACCCUACUGAUUCGUGGUGCAACAUUCCCUCUUAUGAUAAAUCAACUCAAAUCUACUGCCAAGCUUACUUUGUUAAGACCUCACUUGGAGGAAGUUAAGAACGAGAUGCAAGAAAAGGGUAUGGAUCCAAGGGCUGUUGCUGAGGGUCAACAAAAAAUGAAGAAACUUUUUAAUGAGUUUGGUGUGAGCCCAUUUACCCCAUUGAAAGGACUUUUUAUUCAGGGUCCUGUCUUCAUCAGUUUUUUCCUUGCGGUUUCAAACAUGGCAGAGAAGAUGCCUUCGUUUAAAAAUGGUGGAGCAUACUGGUUUGUUGAUCUCACGACUCCAGAUACAAUGUACGUUUUCCCAGUUUUAACCGCACUGACAUUCUGGAUCACAGUGGAGUACAACAUGCAAGAAGGUAUGGAAGGUAAUCCUAUAGCUGGCACAAUGAAAAAUGUGAUGAGGGGUCUUGCUAUCGCUACGGUUCCCUUGACCAUGAAUUUUCCAAAGGCAAUAUUCUGUUACUGGGUUACAUCUAAUGUGUUCACACUCGCAUAUGGGGCUGCUCUUAAAGUUCCCGGGUUUAAGAAGGCCUUGGGUGUUCCUGAAGUACCAGUGGCCAAUUCGAACACCACUCCACAACCUGCCUUCUCGUUUCUUACAGCUAUGAAACAAGCAACAGCAGCACCAAAUGAAGCCGCUACUACAACCACAUCAACCACUCAACCAUCACAGUCCCAAGACCGAAAAAUUUUGUCAUCGUCAGUCAUUAGCCAGAGGCUUAGAACUUUGGAGAAAGAAGUGAAAGGAAGGAAAAAGAUGAAGAACAGGAAAAAGUGA